CUGCGUUUGAAGGACAUGUGCAAACAUGACAUGAAACAGGCUGGCAUCGACCACAACUGGGAGGAAGCUGCAAAGGACCGCACCGUUUGGAGGGAGGCUGUUGCCACAGGAAUUCGCCGUGCCGAGGAGAAUUACAUCUCCUUGUUGCAGGCGAGGAGACAAAAGCGGAAACUGCGUGACGCAGCACCCGCUCCUGUGUCAGAACCCUCCCCAUACGUCUGUGCCAACUGCACCAGAAAGAAUGAACUCCCCCAGUCCCAACCCAUCGUCACCACUGACGGACGGAUGCCUAUGAUAUUGCAGAAAAAAGUUACAUUUUAUAGAUGUGUGUUGCGAGUUGAAAAAUAUCACACACAGGUUGCAUGAAUAUGAAGGUAAAUUAGUGUUUCCAUGGCCACAGCCAGUAGUACACACGUCAUUUAAAUAGGGAGGUUUGCGCCACUUUUGCAGUUGUUAACAUUUGUAGAUGCAGUCUUAGUAGAUCACACGCCCACUGGUAGUAAACACAAUUUUAUAGUUUGCACACACUGUUUAGUGCGUAACCUACUCCGUGGCCUAGUGGUUAGAGUGUCCGCCCUGAGAUCGGUAGGUUGUGAGUUCAAACCCCGGCCGAGUCAUACCAAAGACUAUAAAAAUGGUACCCAUUACCUCCCUGUUUGGCACUCAGCAUCAAGGGUUGGAAUUGGGGGUUAAAUCACCAAAAAUGACUCCCGGGCGCGGAGUUGCUGCUGCCCACUGCUCCCCUCACCUCCCAGGGGGUGAACAAGGGGAUGGGUCAAAUGCAGAGGACUCAUUUCACCACACCUAGUGUGUGUGUGACAAUCAUUGGUACUUUAACUUUAACUUAAUAUUUGGAUCUUGGUAGAUCAGGCCCCGGUUAGUGAGAGCAUUCAUAUCCUUUUAUUUAUUGGAUCAAAAAUAUUGAAAUUCAACAUUUGGUGCAUUUGCUAACACUUGAAUUUGUGCACAAAGUAAAUUACAACCUGCUACCCAAGAUUAUACAAUUGUAGAAAUCUCCUCAGAAAAAUAGGACAAUAAUAACCUUAGGGAAAUGUUUUGUUUAAAACAUGUUUAUGCACACACAAUAUUGAAAGCAAAUGACCAAUUAAUGGAUGCAGUAGCUUACUUUACUGUAGCUUAAUUGGUAAUGAUAUUUACUCUCGAAUCAACGGACCCAAGGUUCAAAUCAAAUCAGACUGAAUAUUAGCAUGGAGCAUAAGUGUUUCUUUUAUUUCUUUAUAUUCAUAUUAUUAUUACUGUAAUAAUUGUAUGUUUAUAUUAAUAUUAUUUGUAUGCCCUUAUAGUGUUUGCUGAGAAAAAAAAUGGCCCUUGGACAUAAUUUGAGGAACCCUGCAUUCGACCAUUUCUGCACAUUUCUUAGGAGUAGGCGAUACUGCAAAUAAUAAAACAGCCAACGUUCACACAGAAAUGCAACAAUUGAGAUUUGACCCCGGAUCACCUGACUCUGUGGCAGAUGUCCAAUUGACCUACCCGUGUAUUUGUGGGCCAACCAACUUUUCUCCCAUUGACUGUUCUUCCAUCAUUCCAACUGGCCUGACCUGGGAGGAAUUUUGACAUAGAGGAUGAAUCUUCUUGACUACCCUGUUCCGGAGUUGGACGUGACCUUGCAGGAAGUGUGCCGCGUCCUCCAGCUCACUUUAAGUCCUGAUCUUUACGCUGAGUUCAAAACCACACUGGAGAAGCAGAGGGGGCUUCUUUUAGAGGCUCAGCAGAAGCUAGCAUCCAACGCUGCCGGCCAAGAGAAUUGGGUGACCGAGCAGUUCAAGAGAUACUUGCUGUCUUGUGCUGACCCCCUGCCAACCUCCACCGCCCUCCCGGUUGUUCUUCUUCCAUCCGAAACGAAGGGAUGCACCCAGUUAGCGAGAGCAGCUGCUCUGCUCUGGGCUGCGGCAAAGUUAUACAGUGAGCCAACAAUGCUGGAGGGUGACCUGCCAUUGGAGAAAACCCAACAAUCUGAGGUUUUUGCUGCAACCCGAAUUCCUGGCAGCAGUCGAGAUGAAAUUAAGGUCUACCCUGACAGCAUCCAUGCCAUCAUUACAUGUGUUGGAGGAGUGUUCCCAGUAGACAUACUGCAGCGCUCCACCACUGGUGGGCCAUUAUCUGCUCGGUCCUUCUCUGACAUCUACAACCAGCUGGCUAAAAUAGCUAAGCAGCCCAACACAAGACAGAAGAAUGACCCCUUAACCAUUUGUAGCCUCUCUGCUUUGGACCGCAAAUCCUGGGCUGCCAUUAGGGAAGAGCUCAUUAAGAAAGAAGGAGCUGCGUUAGCAUCACUGGAGCAGAUGGAGAGCGCCGUGCUGACGUUAAGUUUGGAGGACUGCAAUGCACCUUCUGAACUGUCUGACAUCCUUAAUGCAGUGAGACUGGGAGGAGAAGACGGGCCCUGUUUGAGAUACUACGACAAGGUGCUGAAUCUGGUAGUGUUCAAAGACUGUACAGCAGGAUUGCUUUUCGAGCACUGUGCUGUGGACGGGAUGGUAGCUGGCCUCGUAACUGGCAGCGUGUACCAACUUUCUGAGUCAGCUGACGUAAACAUAGUCCACACUGAUGCAGAUAAUGUGAAAGGGUCUGUUCAGCCAACAUCGCUUACAUUUUCUUUGCAAGGGGUAAACACCAAGCCCAGCCCUGAUUUAAAAUCCAAAUAUCCAGUUGUCACUUUUGAUGUGUCUUCAUAUCCGGAUGUAUUUUCAACUCUCAAAAGCCAAAGAGGCCUCUAUGAUGCUUGGAUCAACUUCUCUUUACAACUUUCCCUGAUGCAGACUCUUGGGAAACCCGCUGUCUCUCACAUGCUUGUCACUCCUACCCAUAUGCGCCACUACAAACAUGGCCGUUGUGAUCCCACCUACUCAGCCACCAUGCAGUCCCGGAAGUUAGUCAGUGUCUUGGCAUCUAGCAUUCGCCCCGACAACACCAUCCAAUAUACAAAUAGCAUCCUAAAUUUGUUCCAUGUUGCCUUUUUGGAACACAAGACUCUCAUCAAAAACACUAAAACUGGACAUGGUGUCGGUCCCCACUUAGCUGCCCUUCGUCGAGCUUUACCAAAGGACAAUCCGUUGAAAAAGUUUCUCGACCGCUUUGGUUGUCCGUCUGUGUACCUCACUGGAACCGAUUGGAUGGAGGGAGUAGAGUGUGGAGUUGGUAAUGUUUAUGCUCAGGAUCAGCUAGCAGUAACUUACCUUGGGAAAAGGGAUAAGAUUCGUAUUGUGCUUAAUGCAAAAGGGAGCUUUUCUCUGGAACUGGUCAAGCUGCAGGAGAAGCUGAAGGAGAACUUGACGUUAGUGAUGCUUUUAGCGCUCAGAUAUGCAAUCACUUGUCAAAUGGGAGCUCUGGAGUGUCUCCUUCAACAAAACCAGACAAAGAAAGUAAACAGAGCGAUAAACCACUGUCCAAAGAGCACAUGCAACAACAAAACAACGGCUGACUCGGCCUCAGACAUGAGUCCAGACUAUACGUUGGUGAUACAUGGAGGUGCUGGAGAGGGGAUGAUGAUGAAUGCCCAAGUGAUAAAUGUCAUUGAGUUUGCUCUGCAAACAGCUUUACUCCUUGGAUCCGAAGUGCUCCAAAACGGUGGCCAGAGCCUGGAUGCAGUUCAGAGGUCAGUGGAAGCUCUAGAAGACUGCUUUCUCUUUAAUGCUGGGAAAGGCUCUGUAUUCAACAGAGAAGGCAAAAAUGAAAUGGAGGCAACCAUUGUAGAUGGCAAUCAAAUGAGGUCUGGAGCUGUUGCUUGUGUGCAAAGUGUAAAGAAUCCAAUAAAAGCGGCAAGAUGUGUCAUGGAAAAAAGCUCACAUUCCCUUAUUGUGGGAGAAGGUGCUGAGGAGUUCCUGCUAGGCUUGGAGAAGAAGCCUCAACCUGUCACACCUGACUAUUUUCACACCGAUAUCCGCCACAGAGAACUAACUGCAAAGCUCAGUGUUGUAAACCCUUCAAAAAACAAUCAUCCUCAGACAGUUGGAGCUGUGGCAUUAGAUUCUUGGCGUGGAUUGGCUGCUGCAUCGUCAACGGGCGGGCUAGUGGGGAAGCUGAAGGGACGAGUUGGUGACACAGCAGUAGUUGGGGCAGGAAUAUAUGCUGAUAACACAUUAGCUAUUUCCUGUUCUGGAGAUGGAGAUGUGUUUCUGAGGCACACAGUUGCACAGAAAAUCGCCAGCCUCUACCAUCACAAAGGCUAUAGCCUAAGACAGGCAUGUAGAGAAGUAAUGACAGAAAACCUAAAAAAUGUCUGUGCAGGAGUCAUUGCUGUGGACUCUAAAGGGGAUGCUGUUAUAGAGACAAAUGCUGCUGUAAUGUUUGUGGCCUCCAUGAUUGACGGAAUAUCCAGAGUUGAGGUACUUCGGCCCCUGAAUAAUGUCUCUGACGUGAUCUGGGAAACAGAUGAGCUGGUUGCAUACCUCAAUCCCAAUCCCUGGACCUCCGGGUCAACUAUUUUGACUCGAAAAAUGCUCAGUGGGGCCCAUGACAUCUUCCAUUUGGCUGAACCUGAUUUUUUGGUGCUGCUAAAUGGGGCGAAAUCUGUAUCAAAUGUUCUAUGUAAGCAACUGGGAGUGCAGCGUUGCGCUUUGGUUUUUUAUCCCAACCCAAAUCAGGCAGCUCAAAUUAGACUGCUCCCACUUCAUGGCUUAGUGCCGAAGUGGCAGCCGCAUCUUGCCAGUCAGGAGGAAUUUCACUCUUACCACCCUGGAUACUGUUCAUCUAAAAGUGGACCUCGUUGGGAUGAUGAAGCACUGGCCAAGGUUCAAGCCCACAUCAGGAAAGGACUACCAACAACAAAUGUACCUUCUAACUUUGAAUUUUUUGGAGAUCUCUCUGAUGAAAACCUGUUUAGUCGGAUUGUAAAAGGAGAGGAAAAACAGUGGAGAGUAUGGGAAGACAGUCAACAUGUUGCUUUCCUCACACCAUACCCAAACACUCCUGGAAUAACUGUGGUGGUGCCACGCAAACCACUGCCCAGUGACAUCAUGAAGCUGGAAGAAAAAGACUACAAAGCACUCAUCUUGGCCACUUAUAGAGUUGCCCAACUACUGGCGGAAGGAAUGAGAGCUCAAGGUGUUGCACUAAUCUUUGAGGGCUUCGAGAUCGACUACGCUCACACCAAGCUGAUUCCUCUGCUACCUUCCCCCGAAGGUCCAACGAUUGUUAGACCACAAGCAGAAUUCUUCCCAAAGUACCCUGGCUAUGUGUCAUCCCUUGAUGGUCCACCUGCUGACCUAGAUGACCUCAAAACACUGUACUCUAAAAUCACUCAGUGCAGGGCUCCACAAUCUUGGAAAGACCCUCAGUCACACUCCACAUUUGCAAUCACCAGCCAGUGGUAUCGCAACCUGUUCCAGAUACAGAACACUCUUUUCCACAGCACGGUGGAAUAUUUUAGCCAUUCUUGCAAGUACUCUUAUGCUCUGACGCCUUUCACUACAGACACUAUCUCCUCCCCAAUGGGUCUUGGGUCUGACUCAGAGCCAGUUUCCGUUCACCUCUUGGGUCAAGACAUCUAUCUGGCCGACUCCAUGCAAUUUGUGCUUGAAUACUUCCUCCGCUUCCAGGAGAACCUACAGGGUACCUACUACAUCUCUCCCAGCUUUAGAGGAGAAGAUCCUGAUUCCACACACUUGAAUCAAUUUUAUCAUGUGGAGUGUGAACUGUUGGGGGACAUGGACCGUGCUAUUUCCAUCGCUGAGAGAUAUCUGGCUCAUCUCACUAAGUCAAUACUCAAGAAACACUCUGAGAUAAUCCUCCACACUGCAGGGACCCUCACACAUGUCACAUCCAUGCUGAGUAAGUUGGAGGGUGAAACCCCAGUGCCACGGGUUUCUCUUGACCAGGCCAUUCCAAUGAUGCCCUCUGCUGAUUGCUUGGAGUGGGUCCAAGACGGCCAGCCCCAGUUUGGAAGAAAGCUUACACGAAAAGGAGAGCGGGUGUUGAUAGAAAAAUAUUGCGGUGUUGUUUGGUUGACUGAGAUGGACCAUCUAGCGGUUCCCUUCUACCAGGCUUAUGUGGAGGGCAGUGGGCGAUGCAAAGCCAAGGCUGCAGACCUUCUGCUGGGCUUGGGAGAGACUAUUGGUCUUGGUGAACGUCAUUCUACCCCUGCAUUGGUACAAAAGGCUCUCAGACACCAUGCAGUUCCACAGCAGUCCUACAAGUGGUACACUGACAUGCGGCAGGUGAAACCACUCCUUACCAGUGGUUGGGGGAUGGGCACAGAGCGAUACCUGUGUUGGCUGCUCCAGCAUGAUGACAUCAGAGAUAUACAGAUUAUUCCAAGACUAAAAGGAAUUAAGUAUAUGCCCUGAUUUUCGAUACUCUUCGCCCAACAUACUGUAAAAUUCAUGGCUAAGGAGAAAUACUAAGCAUGAACUGCACAGUACUAGUAUUGCCACUCAAUGAUGCAAGCUAUAGGACAUUCCAUCAUAUUUAUUUUGCAUUUCUUUCUGUUUCAAUUGCUACAACAGUUAUCUUCUUAAUAUGUGCAACAACUAAUUACAUGUUUAGAAUUGUUUUAAACUUGCAUCAUCAGUUGAUCGAAUGGUUUGAUUACUGUGGUUAUUAUUUAAUACUGGAUCACAGCAUAUACUGUAUAAAUAAAAUAUAAUCAAAUUCUGAUGUUGUCCUAAAAACAUUGCAUUUUAUUAAUCUGAUGCAUUUCGUGUUUUUUAACUAACAUUUCAAAUCAACUUGUAGCGUUUUAAUGGAGGUAUAUAUGAUCUUGCCCCAUAUAUUUUUCAAUAAAAUAACAAUACAAUCUUCUGUUUUAACCAAUAACUAACAAAGUCCAAUGAAACUUGUUCUCUGAUCAUGG